GUAGACACAUCACAGCGCAUACGGAGAGGGGGAAAGAUGGCGGUGUGGGACAACGUUCGCAUCAUCGCGGGCACCAUCCUGGGAGGCGCGUUCGGCUUCUACGUUAUGCACCGCGCCGAAAUCAGCUACAAGGAAAAGAUGAAUGAGAGGCUGAGACAGUACCAGAGUGAAUUGGAAAAGAAAGACAAGUUGAAUAAGAUCGAGGAAUCCAUCUAGCUUCCAAGGUUUGACAAAGCGAUUUUGAUUUCCUUUUUCUUUCCAAUCCAUGUAAUUUCUGAGUCUUUUAUCGCAUGUUCUCUGAAUCACAAAGCAAAGGAGAAUGCAACCUUGGUGAGGAAAUCAAGUAGGUGAAUUAGUUUGGAGGAAAUUUCGUGGUUCAAUUCUUUGUCUUCUUGCUUUCAUUCAUUUUCUAGGCCUCCAAAUGGGAGAAAGUAAAGAUGCUUUAUCUUCAGCAUUAAAUUGGUUAUAAGAGGUGACUGCAUUGAAGCAAUCCCACGAGAGUGGAAAUGGUAAAGUAAAUGAAUGAAUGAUCUGCUUGUGAUAGGUUUCACAUGGUCAUUAUAUAAUUUAUUAGACUGAAUGUUAUAAUGGGUUUCUAAAACUUUCUAGUAUUGAUCUUUCUGUUUGGUUUCUGGAAAAACAGGGAGAUUAAGAGAAAUUAU